AUGCUGAGGGUGGCCACAAUGAUGACUGUUCUGGACACGGUGCGCGACCGGAUUCAGAAAUGCCAAUCGUUCCGUAACAGGUCGUCCGGCGGGCCCGAACUUCGCAGGUGCAUCACAAUGAUCCCGAGGCCUAGUCCCAGUCGGCCCGAUAGGCCCAACAUUGUGGAUGAUGAGAAAGAGAGUCUUAGGAGAGAGCUAGUCUCAAGCCUGGCCUCUCAGAGAAACCUUCAGGAUAUGUUUGAGCGUUUCCGAUUGCCUGUGGAAAAGAACGAGGAUUGA